AUGUUGGUGUUCCGAUCUUUCCUUCUAUUCUUCUUCUCCUGUUCGAUGGUUCAAACGGACCCAAUUAAUCUUGAGAUGAAUAUUCGCUGUGAUCCGUCAAUUAGUUAUUGGUGUGCUGAAUUCCUCAUUUACGAGGUGGACAAUCUUCCUCGAACGAAUGAUUUUAUCGCAUCCCGUAAAUUCUGCACCAAUCAAACUGAAAUGAAAUCAAAAUACAAACCGUUUUAUCCUGGAGGUGAUUUGAGUCCGAACUAUGAAUUUAAUUAUGUGCUAGAACACGACUGUGUAAAAAACGGAGAGACCCAUUGCAUCGAUGAAAUCAAAAAUGAUGUGUAUGUCAGUGUGUCCGGACAACAAAACGUGAAGUUUGAUGUAGAAGCCUUCAAUGGUGGAAAAUUGGGGAACUGCAUCUGGUAUGAUUAA